AUGGCACGAUUGUGUAACACAAAUGUUACAUUGCACUAUUGUGUGUGUUGGGAACUUGGGAUAUGUAUAACAUGAUAAGGACUAUAAGGUACCGUGCAUAACUUGACUUUUGAUAACAAAGCUUGGCAAAAUGAGUGAAAUUCAGCUUCGGGCAUGACAUAACCCAGCACGAUGGCCACACAGGUUUGGGUCGUGCUUAGACUAAACUUUCCGAUGCCAAUUUUAAGACACGAGGGCUGAGCAGAAGGCCACAACACGAAUAAAUCAUUAGUUUUCCCGGAGAAAUUGUUGAAUUUUUCUACUACUAACAACUACAAAGUAUGUCAUAUCACAUAUCACAUUAUGUUUGGAACUCAACUAAAACAUCCAUAACUUACUAUCUCUCCUAAUCUAUGGCUUCUUCAAUUCAACUUUCUCACAUAACCUCUACUCCAACUACCUUACCAGACUACCAAAUGUUGAAGAAUGCCCAUUUUAACUUUCCUCCCAAAACCUCUAAACUUGAGACAAACUCCAUUAAUUCAUCAUCAUUAAAACAAAUUUGCAAACAGGGUAAUUUAAAAGAAGCAAUUCAAUCACUUACCAAUUAUCUGUCUCACCAAAAUGAAGCCCAUUUAUCUUCUGAUGAAGCUUAUUCAUCAGUUCUUGAGCUUUGUGCAGAGAAGAAGGCUGUGAGAGAAGGGCAACAGAUUCAUACCCAUGUUAUAAAAUCAAAUGGGCAUGGAAAUUCUGUGUUUUUGAAAACUAAGCUUGUGUUUUUGUAUGGGAAAUGUGAGGCGGUGUUCGAUGCACAGAAAGUGUUCGAUGAAAUGCCCCAAAGAAGUAUUUUCUCUUGGAAUGCUAUGCUUGGUGCUUAUGUUUCCAAUGGGAAGCCUUGGGAAGCACUUGAAUUGUACCGGGCGAUGCGGGUUUUUGGGGUAAAUGUUGAUGCUUUCACUUUCCCUUGUGUACUUAAAGCUUGUGGAUUGAUAAAGGACAUAAGAUUAGGGACUGAAAUUCAUGGAUAUGCAGUGAAAUCUGGGUGUGAUUCCAAUGGUUUUGUUGUUAAUGCCCUUGUGAGUAUGUAUGCUAAGUGUGAGGAUACUGUUGGUGCAAGGCAAUUAUUUGACAGGAUUCAAGUAAAAUAUGAUGUUGUAUUAUGGAAUUCAAUCAUUUCAGCAUAUUCUGCCAGUGGGAAGCCUAUGGAAGCGUUAAUGUUGUUCAGAGAAAUGGAGAAGGCGGGUGUUAGCAUGAAUAGUUAUACUUAUGUUUGUGCACUUCAAGCAUGUGAGGAGCCAUUUAAGAGAUUAGGGGUGGAGAUUCAUGCUGCAAUUUUGAAGUCGAAUGAUCGUAUGCAUCUCUACGUGGCCAAUGCUUUGCUUGUUAUGUAUGCAAGGUGUGGUAGAAUGAGGGAAGCAGCUCAAAUCUUCCAUAAAAUGACUGAGAAGGAUAGCGUAUCUUGGAAUUCUUUGCUCUCAGGUUUUGUGCAAAAUGGUCUUUAUAGUGAGGCUCUUAACUUCUUUCAUGAAACGCUGGCAGCAGGGCAGAGAGCUGAUCAGGUCUCUUUGAUAAGUAUCCUUGGAACUUCUGGAAGGUUAAAGAAUUUGCUGAAUGGAAUGGAAGCUCAUGCCUAUGCUGUAAAAAAUGGAUUAGAUGCUGACAUUCAAGUCGUGAACUCCUUAAUAGAUAUGUAUUCCAAAUGCUGUCACAUAAAAUUUAUGGAAUGUGUUUUUAGAAGCAUGGUCAGUAGAGAUGUUAUUUCUUGGACUACAGUUAUAGCUGGUUAUGCUCAGAACAAUUAUCAUGCUAAAGCCUUGGAUGUGUUCCGUGAAGUACAGGCUAAAGGGGUGGAAAUUGAUGCCAUGAUGAUUGGAAGUGUCCUGCUUGCUUGCACUUCACUGCGAUGGCUUAACCAUGUCAAAGAGACACAUGGCUAUAUCUUGAGAAAGGGGCUCUCUGAUUUAGUGUUGAAUAAUACGCUUGUAGAUGCGUAUGGGGAAUGCAACAAUAUAGAAUUGGCCUCUCGUAUGUUUAAUUUGAUUGAAAACAAAGAUGUUGUGUCUUGGACUAGCAUGAUUUCAGCUUAUGUUGAUAAUGGACUUGGAGAUGAAGCUCUUAGCCUUUUCUGUAUGAUGAAAGAAGAUGGAAUUGAACCUGAUUCUGUUACAUUAAUCAGCAUGCUCUCAGCUGCAGCUAGUCUCUCUGCCUUAAAGAAAGGGAAAGAAGUCCAUGGGUUCUUAAUCAAGCGAGGUUUCCUUCUAGAGGGAUCUGUGGUUAGCUCUCUUGUUGAUAUGUAUGCACGAUGUGGAACAUUAGAGAACUCAUUUAAGGUUUUUAAUCUUGUCAAGGAUAAGGAUAAAGUUUUAUGGACUUGUAUGAUCCAUGCUAGUGGAAUGCAUGGCCGUGGCAAGGAGGCCACGGAGUUAUUUAGCAGGAUGGAGAUGGAAAAUAUACUACCAGAUCAUGUUACAUUUUUGGCCCUUCUUUAUGCAUGUAGCCACUCAGGGAUGAUUGACGAAGGUAAAAAGUAUCUGGAUAUUAUGAAAGAUAACUAUAACUUAGAGCCAUGGCCUGAACAUUAUGCCUGUGUGGUUGACCUCCUAGGCCGAGCAAACCGUCUGAAAGAGGCAUAUCAGUUUGUAAAAAGCAUGCCUAUGGAACCUGGCGCUGUUGUUUGGUGUGCUCUUCUUGGGGCUUGCCAUGUUCACUCCAAUAAGGAAUUGGGAGAUAUUGCUGCAGGAAAGUUGUUGGAGUCAGAACCAGGGAAUCCAGGAAAUUAUGUGUUAGUUUCAAAUGUCUUUGCUGCUACUGGAAGGUGGGAUGAUGUUGAGUUAGUACGAGAGAGAAUGAAGGAAAGGGGAUUGAAGAAAAAUCCAGCUUGCAGUUGGAUAGAGAUGAGAGAUAAAGUCCAUAGUUUCAUGGCGAGGGACAAGACCCACCCUCAGAGUGACCAAAUAUAUGAAAAAUUAGCUGAAAUUAUUGAGACAGUUAAAAGGGAAGGAAAUUACACUGCUCAAACUAAGUAUGUUUUGCAUAAUGUUGAUGAGGAAGAGAAAACAAAGAUGCUCUAUGGUCAUAGUGAGAAGUUGGCAAUUGCAUAUGCACUCCUUGAAUCUCCCAAGGGAACCCCUAUUCGAGUGACCAAAAACCUUCGUGUAUGUGGGGAUUGUCAUGUUUUUAUCAAGUUAGUAUCUGACUUCUUUGACAGGGAGAUCAUCGUAAGGGAUACCAGCAGAUUUCACCAUUUUCGCCAUGGAAGUUGUUCUUGUGGUGGUUUCUGGUGAUAUUGUGUCGGGCCACAUAUCUUAGUACAUUGCUAAGGGUGAAAGAGCUACUGACAUUGAUGCAUGGUAGUAGCUGUGCUCUGUUAGAAAUUGAUUGUUCGCCUGUAUUAGCACUUACAGGGUGGAGGGAGAGCCUUAAACUCAAUACUAAAGCUGCCUAGCUUGGGAAAUAAUCAUAUAAGGUGCUGGGAAGACGGCUCGGUCCAGUCCUUUGUGAUUGUAAAUGUGCUGAUCAAGGGAAGAAGGAUGAAUUCAAGAAUGUUGAUGUUUGAUGGGCAAGCAAAGCAAAAUUAAGGUAAUCACUUCAGGUUGAUGUACAUUAUAAUUGCUGCAAAUGUCUAUAAAUGAUUUUUUUUUUUGUUAAUAAUGUACCAUUGUAGAUUGGACAUUUCUCGGCAAAACUAUUGGUUUUCCUUCCAAAAUGUUUGCUACUGAAGUACUAAUUCUGAAUCUUGUUAAAUAAAAAAAAAAAAAAUUACGUGUUUGUUUAUUUCCUAGACAACCAGAAAAACAUUGCAAUAUGCUCGUAAUAAACCAGAGUUAUUUUUAAAUCAAGAAAGGCGAGUAAAUGGUACUCUGUAUGAUACUAAGAGUCUAAGAUAACUUUUUGCCCCUUUUAGUUGCGUAACUGUUAAAAAAAUCGGCCUAUUAUUCUUCAUCAUACGGAGUAAUCUACAAUUCAUACAUCAGACACGUUUGUUAAUUAUGUUGAACGACGUGUUAAUACGAUACUACCAAAGUUUAUACACGAUACAUGUCAGAUUUGUGCAUCUGACAAACUAAUGAUAUUAAAGACAUUGGGACUUUACCCAAUUAUAAAAAGGACAAAUACCAAGAUUUACUGUGAAAUUAUAAAUACAGUAAAUACUGAGCAUCAAAACAGAAGCAGUCUUUUUUUAUUACAGCAGGAAAAAAGAACCAAUAGCAGAUGAACAAAUUUCACAAUCACUCUACA